UCUGGCGACAGCGUCCAUGAGUAUCUCAAAGUCUACACAUCAGUAUCCCAUUUGGCAGGCACAGAAAACGACAAAAAUCAGGCAGAAUGGACACGGGAUCAAUUCCUUUCUUUUGGAAUCGAUUCCAAGAUCGAGACUUACUGGCCAAUGCUUAACUAUCCCGUACAACGUCGAUUGGCCAUCAUUUCUGGACCUGAAGAGUUCCUUUAUGAAGCUUCAUUAGCUGAAGAUAUUGUUGAGGAAGAUGAGACCAGCAAGAAUCCUGAAAAUGUUCCUACUUUCCACGGUUACUCAAAGAAUGGCAGUGUCACUGGCCCAGUCGUUUAUGCCAACUAUGGACGUCUUGAGGAUUUUGAGUACUUGGUAUCUCAAGGCAUUGAACUCGAGGGAACCAUUGCAUUGAUGCGUUAUGGAGGUUCAUUCCGUGGUCUCAAGGUCAAGGCUGCAGAAAAUUAUGGUUGCAUCGGUGCAUUGGUUUUCUCUGAUCCUAUCGAUGAUGGACCACUUGACAAAGAAAAAUUCCCCCACACAAACCCUGCGGAGUCUUACCCCGAAGGUCCAUGGAGAUCACCUAGCUCUGCUCAGCGUGGCUCUGUUCUUUACCUCUCCUUGGCUUCAGGUGAUCCCUUGACCCCAGGUUAUGCUGCCACAGAAAACGCCACUCGUAUUAAUCCCGAAGACUCUCCCGCACUUGCCAAAAUUCCAUCUCUUCCUCUCUCGUGGCGCGAUGCUCUGCCUCUGCUAAAGGCUACUCAAAAUCGCGGUGUCGUUGGCGAAACUGACUGGACCGGAGGUCUUAACGAAGUCGGUUAUUUCAGUGGUCCCACCGAAGGUCUUGUCAAUUUGGUCAACAUUGUGGACAACAAGAUCACUCCAAUUUGGGAUGUCAUUAGCCGUAUUGAAGGUUCUGAAGAACCAGACCGCGCCAUUAUUCUUGGAAACCAUCGUGAUGCCUGGGUUUAUGGCGCCGUUGAUCCUUCCUCAGGAUCUGCUUCUAUGCUUGAGCUUGGUCGUAUCUUUGGCAAGCUUCUUAAGACUGGAUGGCGUCCAAGAAGAACCAUUAUCUUUGCUUCAUGGGAUGCCGAAGAAUAUGCUUUGGUCGGAUCUACUGAAUGGGUUGAAGAUAACCGCAAAUGGUUGGUUGAGCAAGCCGCCGUCUACAUCAAUGUCGAUGUUGGCGUGAGUGGUCCUCAUUUCAACACCCAGGCUUCUCCUUCUCUCAGCAAUUUGCUCUAUGAUGUCACCAAGACACUCACUGAUCCUAGAACUGGCGACUCUAUCUACGACACUUGGGGAGCUAUGACCAACAUGACCCGCGGCGAGUCUGCAAAGCCAUACGUCGGUCCCCUUGGUUCAGGAUCCGACUUUGUUGCUUUCCUCGACCAUCUUGGUAUUGCCAGCAUUGACAUGGGCUUUGGUGGUGACUAUGGUGUGUACCACAGCAAUUACGACAGUAUUCACUGGAUGGAGAAGUUUGGUGACCCCACAUUCAAGUACCACGAGUCAAUUGUCAAGGUCUGGGGUUUAACCGCCCUCCGUCUCGCCGAAGAUCAUAUCCUUCCAAUCCGUCCUUUCGAUUAUGCAGUUGAUCUCGAGAAAUCAGUCGAAACUCUGCACGAAUAUGCUUAUCCCCAUGUAUUCUUUGAGCUUGAGGAAGCUGUGCAACAGUUGACCAAAACUUCUUUGAAGUUCAACACCAAAAUUGAAGAGGUCGAAGCCAAGCUUUCAGAGUACUCUGAAAAGUCCAACGCCAAGCUUCCUUCGUCCUUAACCAAACAAAUCGCAAUCGCCAAUAAGCGCCUCACAAACUUUGAGCGUGGUUUCAUUGACCCCGAAGGUAUCAAGGGCCGUGAGUGGUUUAAGCAUGUUAUCUAUGCUCCAGGACUCUGGACUGGUUACUCUUCCCAGGUAUUCCCAGCCAUUGCUGACGGUCUCGAUGCAAAAAAUAUUUCCCAGGCU